AUGCCGCAGUUCAUUCGCCAAAUUGUAGAGGAAAAUCGGUGCUGCAAUAAUUUGGGCUUCUUUAAGGUUUUUGUGUGGGGCUUCUUCAUCAUCAAUUGUGCCUUCGGAAUCUAUGCGAUUAUCGAUCUUUUCGACAAUGGCGGUCUUUUGGCAUGGAUUAACGUGUUUGGUCUUCUGAUUGUGACGGCUUUUAUUUUUGGCUCACUCCUCGACAACAGAAGCUUUGGAAAGGGUUUUCUCUGGAUGGGCCCGAUUUACUAUUCUUUCGUAAUUGGCCUGCUCAUCACAGCAGCUAUCUGUUGCUCCAAAAGUGAAUGUUGCGAUAGCAUCCCAAACGGUUUUGAAAGUCUCGUCAAGGGUGUCAACGUUAUUCUUGUGUUAGUCUAUUUUGCGCUCGAGUAUUUCGUGAUGGUCAUUUACAUUCGCUUGAUGAAGAGCGGCGAUUACACCACGGUCAAGUGUUUUGCU